AUGUCUUCCGAAACAGACGAUGGAGAUGACAAAAUCAACUUUUUCAUCCGGCACCUAGUCGACCCCACAGGCAUCGCCCAGGAACGGUGCCUGAGCCUCGUUAUUGAACGUGUGAGAGAAACGGCCGUCAACCUCGCCGUGCUGGGCGAAGUUACACGCGGCACUCGGCUCCUGGAGAUUCUCGAUUCCCACGGCAUCCCGCCGUUCGAUUUACAAGAGUACGGCCCGGAGAAAUCUUCAGAAGACUACGCAAAAUGCUGGAAUACGGCCAAGGGCGGUACAGACCAAGACUACAUCCUGAAUGUCAGUACGGACAGAUCAGACCCGUAUACCCGGGCUGUGUUCGCUUUCGCGUGGGAGAAACUCGGGACAUGGCCGGCGUGGGCUACCCCGGCACCUGCACCACUUCCCCCGGGCUCCGCACCGAGUCCCACAGACACCGACUCUACCCAGACCAGCGGGGAGACGACUAUGGACGCCUUGGAGCGGUAUUCUCGCUCAUGUGUCUGCAACCGAUUCGGACACCCCUGGCGGCAGGACCAAGACACCCUAAAACUCGUCUCGGAGAUGGGCAACACCGGGAAGAACAGAGCGAACCCCCACGGGCCCAUCCCGGGCCGCCUCAGAGGCUUUUGGCUGCUCUGGGAACGCAUGCUGGCGCCAUGGUGCAUGAACCAAGUCGUCAAGUCUACGGGGAGGGUGUUGGCUCUCGAUCUUUCUAUCCGACUCUGUUUCCCGGAUGAAUGUGAUUUGGCAGAAGACGAGAGGAGGGAGGGCGGCGGAAAUCUACGGGAGAAAGAGGACAAAAAGGUCAAAGGGGAGGAGGAAGAGGAGGAAGUAGUUGAAGAAUUCUUCCUGGAUGACGACGAAGUUGAAAAGAAAGAGAAAGAGGAAAAUGAAGACUUGUACCAACAAUCCAAGGAGCACGUCGCAUCCUGGGGCCGCUUCAUCGCCCACCAACACCAAGCACAAGACCAGCUUCCGAUGCUCGGCAGCAUGCGGCGGCUCUGGCAAAAGGGCUGGUUCACCGACCCGGAAUACAACUCGUUCCUCAAAGAGCUCGAUCUCGACCUCGAUCACGUCCGCAAAGUUGCUGACGCGGGUUGCGAGAUGCUCGUCAAAAGGCUUGAACGCGGCCCGGACCGAGUCUACGCUGGAGCCACAAUCUCGGAACUCGUGCGCGCCAUCGACCGGAACACGCGCGCGAACGCCCCGUAUUACCCCGACCACAACUCCGACGAACGCAUAGUGGCGCUCGCCGGACACAAAGAGAUGGACGAAGAUAAAGUCAACCGGCCGUCGACGCUACUCCGCCUCCCGGUCCCAACGCACCAAGAAAUCACCGAACUGGAAGAAAGACUAGAAGUCACGGCGCCGUUACCAGACCAGUACAAAGCCUUCCUGAGAACCACGAACGGCAUGGGUCCGAUCUGGUGGAACGAAACGCAACUCAUCCGACUCCUGUGCCCAAUUUCCAACGUCGAGGUCUCAGAGGACUGGGAAGUGCCGAUACAACUCGAGCUCCUUCCGAGUCGCAGCCUCGAGCCGACGAUAGAGUGGCCUCUUCUCCGUCGAUCCAUCUCCGUGAGCAACAGGUACGGUAACGGCGACGUGUUUCUCGUGGAACCCAAACUCGUCGCGGAAGCGAAAGCGGUCUUCUUCGAGGUGUACGACGCGCUGCCGGAGGCAGGUAAGGCGAAGCUCCGCCGCGAAGUCGAGGAGGUGUACGGAACUCUCGAGGCCUUCCGCGAGCUGGAGUGGGCUGUUCUCCUCUGGACGGACUGGUUCGCGGAGAUGCUGUCGUAUCGCGACUUUGCGGCUUUGCUCGAGGAUUUCGCGGUGGGGAGCCAGCGUAAGAUGAGGCCUUGGUCGAUGUACUGGAGCCCGGAUGUUCGCAAGAUGUCUGGGUUCUUUUAUCUACCGCAGGACGAGCUGGGUGAGGACGAAGAUGGGCCGACGGUACAGCCUGGUAAGGGUAAUCUUGUGGUGCACGCGGACGGGACGAUGUCGAUGGGUGAGAAUGUGUACCCUGACAACGCGUUUACAACGCCUCAGGUUGAUCAUUAA